AUGAAUUGAAUGGGUGCUCUCCAAUAAAAAUUAAAGCAAUUGAUGUUCACUGUUUGAGAGACUUCGUUCGUAAAUGAAUUAAAACUAUAAAAUAUACGGCCGAUAUGAAGAACGGAUUAAACUCAAUCGUUGAAAGCAUUCAAUGCCGUAUCAAUUAUAAAUUUUAGAACAUUUUUCUAGACAUGACAGCUUACCGCUAGCAGAAGUGGUUUCUGAUCGUAUUAUUGUUUUGAAUCGUGUCAACAGUAUAUUAACAAACUCAAAAUGAUGCAGUUUAUGCUUUUAUUUAGUCGUCAAGGGAAGCUACGACUUCAAAAGUGGUAUGUUGCAUACACGGAUAAACUUAAAAAGAAAAUUACUAGAGAAUUGGUGACCACAAUACUAUCAAGAAAACCAAAGAUGUGCUCAUUUUUGGAGUGGAGAGAAUUGAAAAUUGUGUACAAAAGGUAUGCAAGUCUGUAUUUUUGCUGUGCAGUGGAACAGUGUGACAAUGAACUUCUAACUUUGGAAAUAAUUCAUAGAUAUGUGGAACUUCUUGAUAAAUAUUUUGGGAGUGUUUGUGAAUUAGAUAUUAUUUUCAAUUUUGAGAAAGCCUAUUUUAUUCUUGAUGAAUUAUUACUUGGGGGUGAAGUUCAAGAAACUAGCAAAAAGAAUGUUUUAAAAGCCAUAGCUGCUCAAGAUUUGCUUCAAGAGGAUGAAGCUGUGGAAGGUGCUCUUAAAGAAUUUGGACUUGUGUAAUUGACUUAUAACUUUGGAAUCUUCAGAAAAAUAGUGUCACUAUUUGAUUUACAAGUUUUUUCCAUUUUGGUUUACAGAUGGUAAUUACAAAAUGAAAAUGGGGUACCAAUUGUUUAAAAUGGAGAUGGGUAAAAAAAAAACAUAUCAGAAAGAAAAAAAAUCGUGAUAUUUUGAAAAAAAUAUCUAUCUUUUGAAAACAAACUUACCUCUGCCCCACCCUUUUAGGCUGGGAUCUUAUUUAGUAUCACUGAAUGCAACUUUUAAAAAAUAUUUCACCCAUAUAUUUAUAGUUUUUUGGUCUUAUGUGUGUUUUUAUUUAAGAUUUUUGACUAUUUCCAUGCUCUUUUGGACUCACUGUAUUUUAGAACACUUUCUUUAAAAAUGAUACUCGUAUAGUGUUCAUUCACUCCAGAUACUCUUAUCUUCAGUGUUUGCCUGUGAUUACAUUUUCAAAACAAAAUGAGCAUCACAAAUAAAUUUAUAUGUUCACAAACCUGUUUGUAAAAAGAUUUUUUUUAUGUUAAGUAUUUUGAAAAAUUUUAAGACUAUCGAUAGAUUUAAAAAAUAUUGAACUCACUGAAGGAUAUAUUGUGAAAAAAAUCAAGAUAAAUAUGAUAUGCUUUAAUUACAUUUUGGUAAAUGAAUGUGUUCUUCCAAUUCAGGUGCUAAAUUGCACAAAAAUAGUAGUAUAUUAUUAUUACUAUUGAACUGUGAUCUUUAAAUUGUAGUGUGACUUAUAUAGCAGCAAUACUAUUUUUUUUUUUAAAUUUAUUUUUAGCAAUGGGUCUAUUUCGUUAAAUGUAUUGUUGGUGUUAAUUUUCUGGACUAAUUAUUGAUGCCAAAUUUAAAAAAAUAAUCAAUAUGUGUAAAUAAUGUCUUUUAUAUUAAUGAAAAGGAAAUGUUGAAUGUUUAGAAUAGUGUGUUAAUUUACUUAUUUCAAUGUAUCUAUCAAAAAUGUAUACAUUGUAAAAGGAGACUGUUGUACGCUGAUUUUUUGAAUUAAUUUUCUAUGUUCUAUAUAUAAAUGCAUAAUUUAAAUAUGUCAAAUUUCAAUACACUUUGCAAUUAUUGCUUUACUUUUUAUUCUUCCUAUUCUUUGUUGUCGUUUUAAUAUAAUGUUAUCUAGAGCAAGGAUUCUCAACCAGUUUUUAUGCAGUUAGGGAGAGUUAUCAAAAAUAAUCUUCACAAUGAUGGUUGAAUUUGGAAGUUUCGUUGAGAUGGGCUCUUCAAUUUCUUUCUAGCCAAAUUUUAAAUUAAAUGUAAGAAUCCAGUAAUAAGCUUGGCUACUGCUAAUGUACCUUUGCAAUGCUUAAAAAUAUGCAUUAUAAAUAAUUAAAAGUAAUUUAUUAAAUGUCAUUAAAAGGAAUAAUGUAACUUCAUGUGCCUCCUAAUGAGUCCCCUUUUACUUUACCUGAAGUGCAAUAUUAAUAUUCUAUUUUCCAUAUUUUUUUAUUAUAUUUUUACUGCUUUCAUAUAAAUGGAAUGAUACAAUAGAGUAAAUAUAAUGGAAAUUUCAUAUAAAUUCUAAUAUAUAAAUAGACCAAG